AUGGCCAGUCCAAUGGCAACUCCGGGCGGGAUUAGUUACUUUGAUGAAGAGGUCAGCGCGGUGCGCGUGAGGCCAGGCGUUCUCGAGACCAUAGAAAACAUUCGGGUCAGUAUCACUGAGCAUAGAAUCGGACAUUACGUUUUUAUGCUAAGGUCGGGGCACCACGUGCGCUUCCAGGGCAGCAUUUCGCACGAAUGGGAUCUGCACUCUAACGACACGUUUCGAUGGGUCAUCCGCGAAAGUGGCUGGGCGGCAGAUAUGUGGACGUUGACGUUCGCCUCUGAGAGCAGUCAUGCACGAUUCCGUGCGGUGAUGGCCUAUUGCCGACGCCCUCUUGCGGAAAUUGCCGCGUCGGACUUUACUGCCGAAGACUGGGACGUCAUUGAUUUGGAUGAAAUAGACUUGGAUGAAAUCAACGUGGAAGACAAUGACGGUCCCAAUAUCUCCAGCCUUGAAGAUGAGUGGAUUACCUCGUUUGGACGAACGCGAGAUGGCGGGAGGACGACUGCGAGGGUAACUGCGAAGGCGAGUGCCGUGACGAGCUUGUGCUGUCGCGGUUGGUGCACGCGUUACGGUGGUGAGGGCCGCGCAAUUGUCGGCUCGCGCUUGACGCAUCCGCCGCAUUUGUCGCAUGCUCGCCGUGUAUGCAUCGCAGUUGGCGCAUGCGGUACGGUGGCGAGGGCACCAGGUCGCGGUCGCUGCAACCAUCGCGUUCGUCGCGGUCACUGCACGCUCGCGCUCUCAGCGUCUAUUGCGGUGGAUGGCGAGGGCACGAGCUCGGGCUGGAUGCGUUCGUCGCGGUCAUCGCGGCCGUCGUACGCGGUCGACUCGGAUUUUUGUUAUGCGGAUGCCAUUGAACGCGUGUGCGACCCACGACCUCGCUCGCCAGGCGCGCUUCGAGAUGAGCGUCCCGCACGAGCUGUACGCAUACGCCGCGAGCGCCAGCAGAACGACGUCGACGGCAGAGGGGUAGGCCAGAACCAGAACCAGAACCCGUCCGGGGCUGUUGACGCGUUCUACCCGAUGACGCUCGCCUGGCUUUCGUUCGAGCGAGAACCGACCGCGAGCAUUAGAAAGUGCAGAAGCGGGAUGACUGAGUCAGCGCACCUGAGACGACGAGCGGUGGACGGCGCCAAGCGGUGCUACUCAGAUACUGAGUGA